GAAGCAGGGACGCCCCGCCGAGUCCUGAAAAGCCGGGCGGCGGGUGCGGGAUGGCCUCGGCCCUCCCGCGGACCCUGGGCGAGCUGCAGCUGUACCGCGUCCUGCAGCGCGCCAACCUGCUGUCCUACUUCGAGGCGUUCGUGCAGCAGGGCGGUGACGACGUGCAGCAGCUGUGCGAGGCGGGCGAGGAGGAGUUCCUGGAGAUCAUGGCCCUGGUGGGCAUGGCCAGCAAGCCCCUGCACGUGCGCCGCCUGCAGAAGGCCCUGCGCGACUGGGUCACCAACCCGGCCCUCUUCACCCAGCCGCUGGCCUCCCUGCCCGUCAGCAGCAUCCCCGUCUACAAGCUGGCCGGGGGCGCGGCCGCCUGGCUGGCCGGGGGUCCGCGCGAGGAGCCGCCGCCGCCCAAGACCCCCAAGUGCGCGGCGGCCGUCUGCCCGCCGGGCGCGGGGCCGGCCGGGGCGGCGGGCGCGGGGGCCCGGGCCGGGGGCAGCGGCGAGGGCCGGCCCCGGGCGGGCCACCCGGCCCCCGACGGGGACGGGGAGGGCGAGGCCGGCCUGUCGCCCGCCGCCCUGGGCUCGCCGGGCUCCCCGUCGCGGGACGGGGCCGAGGCGCUGGACGCGGCGGCGGCCCUGUCGGUGGCCGAGUGCGUGGAGCGGCUGGCGCCCUCGCUGCUGGCCCCGCCCCGCGGGGACGCCGCCGGCCUGGUCCGGGACGUGCUCCGCGCCAACAAGAAGCUGGCCAAGAUGGUCGGCCACAUCUUCGACAUGAGCGACCUGGACCCCCGCAAGGAGGAGGAGAUCCGCAAGUACAGCGCCAUUUACGGGCGCUUCGACUCCAAGCGCAAGGACGGCAAGCACCUCACCCUGCACGAGCUGACGGUGAACGAGGCGGCCGCGCAGCUGUGUGUGAAGGACAACGCCCUGCUGACCCGCAGGGACGAGCUCUUCGCCUUGGCCCGCCAGGUCUCCCGCGAGGUCACCUACAAGUACACCUACCGGACGUCCAGGCCCAAGUGUAGCGAAAGAGAGGAGCUGUCUCCCAAGAGAAUAAAAAUCGAGGAUGGCUUUGCUGACUACCAAGACCCGUUGCAGACCCUCUUCCAGCAUGACAUCAUGAAGGCCCAACUGGCCAAAGCCAAAGGAGAGGACUUUGGCACACAGGCCGGGCAGGCGGGGUCCAAGCGGGCGGAGUUGGUGUGCGGACAGGCCGGGUCGGAGCGACUGCAGGCCGGGGAGCGGCGCCCGUCGGCGGGCCUUUACUGGCAGGACUCGGAGGAGCACGGACCCAACGGCCUCCUGCCCCCGGACCACCUCGACGGGCCAGGAGAGCGACCCCUGAAUCUGCGGGUGCCCCAUCUUAUAAGUCGGCCCCCCGUGGGGGCAGACGGAGACCAGCUUUCGGCCAAGCCGCUCUGCAGCUCCCGGGCCUCAGAAAACCUGGGCAUCUUAAAGGAUUUUCCUCACUCGGCUUUCAGUAUAGAAAGGAAAGUCAUCAAGACAGAGCCGGAAGACACGAGAUAGCUGAGACGCCCGCGGCCCCGCCGAACUCUGGAAACUCCUCGGGCCAACGGACCCAGCUCCAACCCGGGAGCGAAGCCUUAAUAACCAACGUUGCCUCAUUCGCGCCGACGGAUGGCCCCCAGCCGAAACCCAGGCGGCCGGUCUCGCGAGUACAGAGGGGGCUACACCCCCCCCAGGCGGAGUUUGGGGGCGGGGGGGGGGGAUCGACCGGCCCAGCCUCCGGCGGCCUCCCCGCGGACCGGCCGCUGACCUGACAGCGAUAGCCCGGGGCCUCGAGGCCCAGAGUCCGGCCGGCGGUUGUGGACACGAUUCGUUUUACUUGAAGCUCCGGCGUCUCCCCUGGGUGGAUCGAGCGGAACUGGGCCCCGUCACCCACCCGGAUUGAGUGAUGUCUUUUGGGGCGGAGGAAGGGGGCCCCGGGCUGACGGAAGUGUUUCUGCGGAGGAGACCUGGCCCGCCGCCCGGUAGCCGAGCCGAGAACGAUCGCGGCUCUUCCGUCUGAGCGAGCCGGGCUGGGUUCCCGGGAGGGAUUUCUAUAUGUGCAGAUGUGUCGCUAUAUAUACAUCUCCCUCUUCGCUAUGUGUCUGUCCUUAUGUAUGUAUGUGUUAAGUAGGUGUGACGCGUGAUGCGUCAUUUUGCCGGCUUGGCUGGUGCGUUUCCGUCUGCUCCCGAGCCCUGGAGCCCGUGAAGAGAGAGAUGGAGGGUGGCCGGCGGCCUGUCUUGCUCCCGGCCGGGGCUCCUCCCAGACGAGCCAGCCCAGACCCCGCACGCGCCCCAGGAGGGCCAGCCCGCAAGGAAGAUUGACCGCCGGCUGGGGGGCCCGGGACCCAGGAGUCCGGCUUCCAUCAAGUUCUGCACGUCUGCCGAGCCCAGUGGAGCCCAGCACCACCUCCACGUGUGCUCUUCGCACCUGGGGAAGACCAGGGGCGACAAGGAGUGGUCUGUGGGGUGGGGGGGGGGUGUCAGCCAUCCCAGGGGGUGCCCUUCUCCAGCUGGGCUUCUUGACCGCCUACACUCAGUAUUUAUUGUUACCCAUCCAGUUUCACAGAUGCAGAUUUUUCCCUCUAAAAUUGGCACUAACCCGACUGCAUUUUGAUAUUUCGUUUCCACCGUUGAUUGCGGUGCUGGGGGUGAGGGUGGCUAUGCCAGAUGUGAGCGUGUAUGCCCACCCCCCACUCUCUCUCACAUGCACAUCCUGGCACGCCGGUUUUCCAGUUUAUCCCCCGGUAUGGGAAUUUCCAAUUUGAGUUCCCAGAGGAGAUUCCGGUGAACUAGAGACCCCGUUUCCCUGAUUUUGAGGGUGUGUGGUGACGGAGGAUGGAUAAGUCACUGGGAGUAUAGUAAAUAUGCCCUGUUGGAUGAAUUAAUGGGUCCUGGGUAUUGGGGAGCACGGGGGAUUGUGAGGUUCCAUUUGCCCAACUUCCUGGAUCUGCAUCGAAAACACCCCGAGCUUGGGCCCGACACAUACACACUCACACACACUGAUUGUGUCUACACUGUUGGUCUCCAAUCACUGUAACAGACAAAAUUGUCUUAUCGCUUUGAAUUUGUGGAGCAGAGCUUUAUAGCGGAAACACCAGUAAACGACUUUUAUACUAUUAAAAUGUUUUCUUUCUCCUCCCCCUCCCCCCUUCCCCCCCCCCACCCCAUGUUUCUUUGACCGCACUGUACACUGAGAAGUUUUUUUCUGGACUGUACGACCCCGUGGCUGGAGUAGGAUUGAACCAUGUGAUUGUGUUUGUUCCUCGUGUGUGGCCCCAGUGGUGUGCGUGGGGGGGUUUCAACGCGGUGUGAUCUGCUUUUAAUAUUAGCCAUAGCACUGGUUAGUAUCUGAGUAGUUUCAUGAAACGUUUCAUGUAUUUGAAUGUGA